CAAAUAAUUUGAGCUCGAUAUGUUGAAGAGUAUUACGAUCUUACUACUCUCGGUGUGGCUGAUAGCAUCUCAAGAAGGAGAGACAGACCUUAUCGACCCACCAGAAGAAGAAGGAGACAUUGACCCUGAAGUCAAGACUGAAAAUGGAGUCUAUAUACUGAAUCCCACAAAUUUCGAAGGAUUUGUCAAGUCUCAGGAACUUGUUAUGGUUGAAUUCUAUGCUCCAUGGUGUGGUCACUGCAAGAAGUUAGCCCCCGAAUACGAUGCUGCUGCUUUUGAACUUAAACAAGCAGGAUCAGUCGGGGUCCUAGCAAAAAUUGAUGCAAAUGAACACCAAGAAAGUGGCAACAAGUAUGGAGUUCAAGGGUUUCCAACUCUGAAGAUCUUUAAAAAAGGAGUUGAUGAGCCUAUUGAUUAUGAAGGGGCAAGAAGUACAUUUGAAAUAGUAGAGAAGAUGAAGGAGUUAUCAGAUUCAAAUUGGGCUCCUCCAAAAUCUGAAGUCAUUGAACUGACAACUGAUAACUUUGAAGAAAUUGUUAAUAAUCAACCGAUGAUGCUUGUGGAGUUCUUUGCACCAUGGUGCGGACAUUGCAAGAAACUAAAACCAGAAUUCGAAAAAGCUGCCCAACAACUGAAACCUGAAGGAAUUCUCUUGGCCACUGUUGAUGCUACUGUAGAGAAAGAUCUGGCCAAAAGGUUUGACGUCACAGGUUACCCCAGUCUCAAGAUAUUCCGAAAUGGUAAAGUCAGUGAAUUUAAGGGUGGCCGAACUGCUCCUGAUAUUGUGUCCACAAUGAAGGUCGAGAAGAAUCCUCACACUGUAGAAAUCACGGCAAGCUCCCAAAAAAGAGAGGCUGAAAAACCGACCACAAUUAAAGUUAUUGGUCUGUUCCCUGGAUCAAACAAGGAUUCUAUCGAGUAUCAGAUAUUCGAAGAGCUUACGAACGACUUUAGGAGCUCCUACUCUUGCAGCCACUCUUUCGAUGCCUCAUUUGCUUCCAAAGUAUUCAAGGUAUCUAAACCCACUUUGGUUGUUGCCUACCCAAGUCUGUAUAUUGCAAAGAAAGAAAAGCCAUUUGUUACUACUCCAAUUCUUGCAGAAUCUGCGAAAGCCGACUUGACUGCUUUUAUUAGUUCAAAGGAUAAACCCCUGGUCGGUGACUAUGACUGUGCGAACUGUGCCCAGAUUUAUGAUACGGUGGACACAGUACGUAUAUAUACCAGCAAGGACUUUGGCAAGGGCUUUGAUAAAAAUACGAAAUACUGGCAAGAGAAGACAGCCACAGUGGCACGCAAGUUUGCUGGUAAAGGACUUCACUUUGUGAUGGCUGAUGAAGGCAAGCAGAGUGCUGAUAUGGCCGCCAUGAAACUUACCGAUCUUGGAGUCGAAACAGUGUUUGGUAUAAAGACAGCUAAAGGAGAUAAGUACAGCCCCAGUGAGGAUGAACUGGACGAUAUGGACGAUUUCGUGGAAACACUCACAGAGUUUGUCGAGCAGUACCUUUCUGGGGAACUCCAGCCGAGAAGAAAGAGUGCGCCAGUCCCGAAGAAACAGUCCGGAGCAGUAACAGUUGUGGUUGGGAGCACAUUUGAUAAGAUUGUCAAGGAUCCUACUCGGGAUGUCCUGAUAGAGUUCUAUGCUCCUUGGUGCGGACAUUGCAAACAGCUUGAACCUAAAUUCAACCAACUUGCUAAGGAACUCAAAUCUGAUAAGAACCUAGUGAUAGCGAAGGUAGACUCUACAGCGAACGACGUACCAAGCGAGUUUAACGUGAAGGGGUUCCCAACAAUCUACUUCGUACCAGCCGGUGGAGAUAAGGAACCUAUUGUGUACGAUGGUGCAAGAGAGGUUGAAGAUCUGAAGAAGUUUAUGAAAGAAAACUCUGUUCUUGCGUUUGGUGGCGGCAAUGUCCUAAGGGAGGAGCUGUAAAACCACAAGAUCUGCUUUUCUUCAACAUUCCCCCGAAUCUUAGAAACAUUCACCGAGUGUUUUCGCUGUGAUUUGAUAGGAGUUUAUCAUAUAAAUAUAUAUAUAUAUCUUCAGACCAUUAUUUACUGUUUAUCAAGUUUAUUGAUAGAAUUUUGGGAUUGGAGCUCUUUUUACCUAUUCGAGCUUUUCAUUUGGUGUCAUCUUAUGGUUACAUCCGAGUCCAUUAUAGUGUUUACACUUUACAGAGUUUUGAAAUUAUUUAUUGUUACGUUUUUAUCUUUGCUAUUCCGCUGUAUCAAUUAAGACGUCGAAGUUUCACGCUUAAAAUGAAAUAAG